AUGGGCAAAGAUGAUAAAAAGGGGGACAAAGGCCCCAAAGAGGACAAGGGGAGUUUUAUGAAAGAUUUCCUGGCGGGUGGCAUAUCUGCGGCGACGGCCAAGACUUGCUCAGCCCCUAUAGAGCGAGUAAAGCUUAUCCUGCAGGUGCAACAUAUAAACAAGCAAAUACCCGAGGACAAGAAAUACAAAGGUAUUGUCGAUGCAUUUAUUCGCAUACCAAAGGAACAGGGAAUUGGGUCGUUAUGGCGAGGUAACCUGGCUAAUGUGAUCCGAUAUUUCCCGACGCAAGCUCUCAAUUUCGCUUUUAAGGACAAAUAUAAGGAGAUAUUUUUGUCCGGAGUCGAUAAGCAGAAGAAUUUCAUGAGAUAUUUCGUUGGCAACCUGGCGUCAGGGGGCGCUGCCGGCGCCACGUCGCUCUGCUUCGUCUAUCCGCUAGAUUACGCCCGAACAAGAUUGGCGGCAGACGUUGGAAAAGGAAAAGGGCAGAGAGAGUUCAAUGGAUUGGUUCACUGCCUGACCAAGACUCUGAAGUCUGACGGGAUCAUCGGCCUGUACCGUGGGUUCGUCGUGUCGGUGCAGGGCAUCAUCAUCUACCGAGCCACCUACUUCGGCCUGUUCGAUACCGCACGAGGUCUGCUGCCAGACCCCAAAAACACGCCGCUCUUCUUUAAAUGGGUUAUCGCACAGACGGUGACGACGAUAGCGGGCAUCACGUCGUACCCGCUGGACACGGUGCGGCGUCGCAUGAUGAUGCAGUCCGGCAAGCCGCUCGCCGAGCGCCAGUACACGAGCACCGCCCACUGUUGGGCUAAGAUCCUCAAGACAGAGGGCCCCACUGCCUUCUUCAAAGGAGCCUUCUCUAACAUCCUCAGAGGCACUGGCGCUGCCUUCGUGCUGGUGUUGUACGACGAAAUUAAAAAUUUACUAUAAUAAGGAUCUCUUCAGUGAUCUGUAUAACUAAAUCAAUGUACUUAUGUACAAU